CAUCAGGCCCCCCACUCUUCCCCCUAAACCCGGGAGAAUGCGGAAGCCUAGACCUCGCUCCAUUUUUUAUCUUAAACUCUUUAAAGGCAAUAUGGAGGCCUUCAUCAAGGUACUGACUGCCCUUUAUUUGGCCCCUAUGUGGUCUCUCUGUGUGUAAGCUGUCUUUACUAACAGUUCUGGGGGUUCUACCUCUCUGUCCUGUCUGACUGCUUUUUUGUCUCACUCAAACUUCAGCUCAGCUCAUUGACUUUGCCUUCCUUCAAUGCCCUGUGCAGGGCACAAUGGCUGUAUAAAUAAAUGGACUAAAUGACAAGACCCCUCUCUUGGACAGUGCAUUGACUUGAUAGUUGCGAAAGGUAGUGUUUGUCUCUGGUCUGGAGAAGAGUACUCAAUUCUACAAAUCUUGGGUUUUAAGGUUGUUUAAGUACGGACGUAGACAGACUCUGGUCAUGUGGGGUUUGCUUUUGACAUUCCUGCCCAUGUUUUAGCACUUGAACCCUGACCUCAAGAUGUUAGACACAUUUUGGCGACGGGCCAGUUGGCCCAGCACUAAGCAUGUCAGGCUAUGAAAAUAAACACACAGGGCCAUAUAUCCUCUGUGUAAGCCAGGAUCCAACACUAGCACACUGACAGAAAGAGUGUGUACACCACAGCAGUGGAGGCCCGUGGGGCUGUUAGUAUCAGACUGUCAUGGUUCUAUUGCCUCGCCUUCUAACGUCUCCUCAGAUGUAUUCUCAGUCAUAAUCAAUCAAAUUGCCCCAGUCAACCUUGUUGUAAAAACUGAGCCUCUCCUGCCAGUCGUCCACAGUCCCAGCAUCCUACAACCCCCCCCCCCCCCCCCAGCCUCCACCAGAGCCACCCACCCUCAUCCCACAUGGCCUCCUCAAGCUUGGGUCUCCCCCGUCCUCUACCUCGCCCCAUCUCCACAGACUGGGGCUUUUCUCUCAGGCUUGACCUCUGACCUCCUCUCUCUGGACGCACUAUCUUUUCCCCUGUGCUUCUCUAACCUUGUUGUGGUUUUUCUUGCCUCUUCCCGUCUGUUCUGUUCAUCCUGCUUCUGCCACUGUUUUCUGCCUGCUCCAGGGGAAGACGGAAUGCCCGCGCCCGCAGCCAGGUAUUCUGGGUAUUCUGAGUAUUCUGACAUACAGGAGUAGCCUGGUACCAGAUCUGUUUGUGCUGUCUGUCAAUGCCCAUAGGUGUUGGCAAGACAGCAUCAACAGAUCCAAGAAUCAGGCUAGGGGGGAAUGGGUUUGGGUUUAAUGUGUAAACUAACUAACCAACAUCUCUCUGCCUGCCUGGUCACUCUGUCCUUUGUCAUGUGAUAACCAAUGAAUAAUGUACAGUCGCUAGUCAAAGUCUACACACACCUUGUACAGACUUCACAUUUUGCUGCCUUAAAAUUAAAUCUAAAAAGGGAUUUUUUAUUCAUUAGGAAAAUGUUCUAGAAUUUUUAUUUCACUUUGAAAGUGUGGAGUAGGUUGUGUAGAUCUGUAGAAAAGGACAUCUAAUUUAAUUCCUUUUUAGCUUUAAAUUUAAGGCAGCAAAAUGUGAAGACUGCAAGGGGUGUUUAGACUUUCACUAGGCACUUUAUAUAUGAAUAUAUAGUAUGUAUAUGACUGGUGGUAACCGUGUGAGGAAACAGGGAGUAUGGGAAGAACACCACAAUCUCCUAUUCCCUCUGCGGACCAUAUAUGAAUAUUCAGUCAGAGAGUUGAGUCUUUCAGCUAAUAUGUAAAUUAUGUAAAUUACAGUAUGCAAUAGUUAUAUGAUAAUGUAUUUAUCCCUGGUAAUUGUUCAUGCAAUUAGUUAGACUCCUUUUACACAUAAUUAAAUAGAACACAUAGUCGUAUUGUAUCUCUCUUUUAUUCAGUUGAUCUACUUAUAGUUUCCGUGAUUAUACACUGAGUGUACAAAACAUUAAGAACACCUGCUCUUUCCAGGACAGACUGACCAGGUGAAUCCAGAAAAAGGCUAUGAUCCCUUAUUGAUGUCACUUGUUAAAUCCACUUCAAUCGGAGUAGAUUUUUAAGCCAUGAGACAAUUGAGACAUGGAUUGUGUAUGCGUGCCAUUCAUAGGGUGAAUGGGCAAGACAAAAUAUUUAAGUGCCUUUGAACGGGGUAUGGUUGUAGGUGCCAGGCGCACCGGUUUGUGUCAAGAACUGCAACGCUGCUGGGUUUUUCAAGCUCAACAGUUUCCCGUAUCCAGACAACUUGACACAACCUACCCUUGUCCUGACGAAUUAAGCCUGUUCUGAGGGUAGAAGGGGGAAGGUGUUCUUAAUGUUUUGUACACUCAUUGUACAUUAUUCAUUCUCUGUGCAUAAUCAGAUAAUGAAUUUAUUCAUGUGCUGUGUUCACGCUCAUAACCUGUGGAGAGUCACCUUAGAGAGUCACCUUACCUCUCUCUCUACACCUCUCUCUGCCUCUCUGUUAGGACUCUGGGCAGGCAAUACCAGUGGUGGUUGAGAGCUGUGUCCGCUACAUCAAUCUAUAUGGUAAGAAUAACACAUUAAUGAAUUGAUAGAUACUGUAUGCAGUCCAUAGAGUUGAAUAUACUACAGUAAAACCUCAAUUUUGGAUCUCUGUGAUGUAGUUUCUCAUCUUGGAAUUUUGAAUAUGGAAACUAGCAUGUAGUGGACAGACAGAGAUUAUGUUACUAAUGGCUGUUUGGGCUGUGGACCUACUACACUCUUCUUGUGAAUAUCAACGUUUGAGUUUAGUUGUGUGUUUGUGUGCGUGUCUCUGUCUUUGUGUCUCUGUCUAUGUGUGUCUGUGUGUGUGUGUUGCCAGAUUUGUUUCCAUCUAAAUGCUGACUUGGGUUUCUCCAACAGGCCUUCAGCAGCAGGGCAUAUUCAGGAUUCCUGGCUCCCAGGUCGAAGUCAACGAUAUAAAAAAUUCAUUUGAGAGAGGUCGGUCCGAGCGAAGCCCCAUAUCCUGCCUGAUCGUUUUUUAAUUGCGUUUGGUCUGCCUCAGAAUGCCACAGACCCUCCCUCUAGGACUGUAAAGUGCAGAUGGAUACAUAGAGAGUACACAUGCCAUGAAUGACCCUGUAACUGACAUGAAAAGCUAUUUUAGAUGUACAGCAGCAGUAGCUACCACAUUCUUAACAGAAAUGCUAGUUCGGCGAAAAUACCAUACUGACACCUUUACAAAUAUAUCUUUGUUAUUUUUGUCGGCUAGCUAAUGUUUGUCAUUGACCAUCUAAUAUCUAUCUAUAGAGAAAGCUGAGACUUUUUCCUACAGACUAGUUAAUGAGGUGUUAUAUUGUAUUACAUGACGGCUGACUGUGUUUUUACAAGCUUAAUGCGUUUCUUUAACAAAACAUUCAGUUUACAAAGCAGAUUUACUUUUCACACAAGCAUGACUUGGGUUAUAUAGAUUCAACAUUCACAGUUGAAUAUCCAGCAAGCUUACAGUAGUGUGACUGGAUGGUUGACAGCUUGUGUGACUCGUAUCAUGUGAUGCCCCUAGGUGAGGACCCAUUGGUGGACGACCAGAGUGACCAUGACAUCAUGGCGGUGGCAGGUGUUCUGAAGCUGUACUUCAGGGGGCUGGAGACCCCACUGUUCCCCAAAGAACGCUUCCUCGACCUCAUGUCUACCAUCAGUAAGUACUACUACUACUGUACUGCUAAUGUACAAUGACCUCAUAGCAACCAUCAGUAAGGACUGGACUACUGUACUCCACUGGGGCAGAUGCAGGAUUUAGAUAGUAAUUGAUUAAUAAUUGUUUGGAAUGCUAUAAUAAAUAUGUUUACUAUAGUAAAGUAGAUAGAGUGAUACAAUACAACUGUAUAUCUCCCCCCUCUCCCUCUUCCCACCCCUCUCCCUGUCUCUCUCAGAACUAGACUCUGGUGCAGAGAGAGCUCAUCACCUUCAGCAGAUCGUUGUAACUCUUUCUCGCCCUGUCAUCAUCGUCAUGAGAUACCUGUUUGCAUUCCUCAACCAGUAAGUCCAUAUAUCAAUCACUAAGUCUAUAUAUCAAACAGUAAGUCGUAAUAACACCAUAAUAAUGUUAUGUGUUUAUUGAGAAAUCCAAUAGGAAAGAUGGUGUUCAGAGGUGGCUCAUCCAGGGAGGAAGAGGAUGGUAGUCCUCCUCAUUAAAUGAGGAAAAGACAAAACGUAUAAAGAAUGUUGAGUCAUUGGUUCUACAUUAUAAAAACAUAUGUGUUUAUGAACAAACCUAAUAAGUAUAUCCAUACUGUAUUAUGGAAACUUUUUUGUUGUUGUUAAUUCCCAAUUGUUUCUCUCCAGUCUAUCCCAGUACAGUGAUGAGAACAUGAUGGAUCCCUACAACCUGGCUACCUGCUUCGGCCCGACUCUGAUGCCCAUACCUGAUGACCAUGAUCCUGUGGCCUGCCAGACGCACGUUAAUGAGGUCAUCAAGACCAUCAUCAUCCACAACGAGGUCAUCUUCCCGAGUCAUUGUGAGCUGGACGGACCGGUCUAUGAGAAGUGCAUGGCUGGAGGAGAGGAGUACUGGUUAGUGAUGUCAUAUUAUACUUUGCCUUGGUUCUGAUUGGAUGGGAGAGAGGAUGGAGAAUAACCAAUGGAGAGAAGGGGGUUAGGACACUGCAUCCAGUUCUGUGUUUCAAAUGACUUUACCCUCUUGUUGAUGUAGUUUAUCCCAAAGCACUACACUGUGUCGUUCUUUAUCCUUAUCUACAUCUAUGAAUCAAUAAAUGAAUGUAUAAAUUUUUUCUCUAUCUCUCUCCCACACCAUUCAGUGACAGUCCCCAUAGUGAGCCAGGUGCCAUUGAUGAAGUGGACAACGGUACAGGACCUCCCACCAGUGACGACGAACUGGAGCAGAUCGAGGCCAUCGCUAAGUUUGACUACGUGGGGCGUACUCCCAGAGAGCUGUCCUUUAAGAAGGGUGCAUCCCUGCUGUUGUACCUGAGAGCCUCUGAUGACUGGUGGGAGGGACGACACAACGGAGUGGACGGACUCAUCCCACAUCAGUACAUCGUGGUGCAGGACAUGUAUGUACAGAAUGAGCACUUCAUAUAUGUCACAUUUCUAUGUAACUGCUCGAAUGCUACCAACUACUCAAAUGCUACAUGGCUCUGUUUAGGAUAAAAAUGUAUAUUGUAUUUCUGAGUAGACUAGAGACAGACUCUGCACAAGGACACUGUGGUCCUCCAGGUUAUGUUAGUCCAUGUGCACUGUCCCAUCCACCAGCUGUAUUUGGUCAAUAACAGUUAACAGAUUAACUGUGCCCAAAGGGCAUUAGUCUGUUACUGUAUCAAUGCAGCAGUUGGCAUACAGUAUGCACCAGACAGUCUGUUAUUGUAUCAAUGAUGCAGUUGGCAUUUAUAAGCACCAAGCACUUCAAAGCAAAUAAAUCCCCAAUUAGUCCCCGCAAUAGUAUAUGCAUUGGUUGAAGCUCAAUGGUAAAUUCUCCCUAUCUUCCUACCAUCAUAUCUAAGCCAAUAUGAAAAUUUGCAAAUCAUCUUGAUUGAAGGUACACAACACACUCCCCGCCUCUGGACAUGAGCCAUCUGGCCGUUUCCGGGAACCACUUACCGGAUUUUUAACAGGGUCGUUAGCAUUAGGAAAAAAAGAGACAUUUCUUGCCCCGACCUAGCUCAAUAUCUAGGUGUUGGAUAUGAACGAGACUACAGCGUCCAUAAAGUGACCAUAAGACUUGUCACCUUUUGAACUGAAUAGGUUUGUAGGGGCAACCGUUUUUAUUAUAUUUAUAAUUUAUCGCUAAUUUCUGUCCAUUAAAAACCAACGAUUUGCUACCUUUUUGUAGCAUUUCUGACAAUGCUAACAUAUUUUCAGCCGAAUUUCAGUUCUAAAAUCGGACCAAAGCACUUGGGUUGCGCAGCAACAGCGCUAGUAGCUAUCUAACACCAGUCAGAUGAGAGACAAGCUACAAGCAAAGGAAGCUAGCUAUAUUAUGCUAUGGAAGGACAUUUUGACUAUUUUCUUUCAUGUAGUUUUGACAAACCAGUCCGGACACACACACACACACACCAGCCUGCACGCACGCACGGUGCGUGCUUUAUUUUCAAUUAUUAGUUGUCUCUUAAAAGAGCAUUGUUGACUGGCAAUGGACUGAGGUGUGUGUGUGUACUACUGCACGCGUCUUGCCAAUAAUUUGUGGUUGCGGCCUGCAAUUCGGGCAUCCCAUUGCAUAACCCCCUCGAGCACGCGAUCUUCAUGCUUGUGUGACACUUUUGAUAUUCUGGAUUUCCCCUGCGAUUAAAAUGUGGGUCAAAAGAAAAGGGAAAUAAAAGUAUCUGAGUUUUUCGGUGGCGAAGGACACUGUCUACCGGUGUCCUAGCUAGCUACCGGUGUCACCACUGCCUCCCGCCUGCUGUGUACGGACUCCUCUAGCUAGCACACAGUGUCCUUCGCUCCCGCCUGCCAAACACCUUUCGCCGUUAACAGAACGGCGGGAAAACUGUGCCUGACAGGUGGGGGCAAAGUACACUGUCUACCGGUGUGCGAGCUAGCUACCUAUCCCGCCUGCUGUGUACCGGAGUCCUAGUUAGCUACCUAGCUAGCACCCAGUGUACUUCGCAGGCAGGGGAGAAGGACACUGUCUAGCUAGCUAGCUACCGGCGUUGUCGCCCCCUCCUCUGCUUCUGUGGGGUUUAUUGGCGGUUGGCCUCCAACGUUAUAGUGCAUUACCGCCACCUACUGUACUAGAGCGCUCCUGCCUGUGUACCGGAGUCCUAGGAAUUCCCACAUGCAGGAAGGCCCCAAAUUGCAGGCCGAAAUUGCACCCUUCUCCGGUCUUGCAGGCCGCAUCAGUGCUGUCCCAUUGGUGUAUCCCAAGUCGUUUUCACCGAGGUGGAUGACUAGGAUGUCAGGGGGAGAAGUAGCACAGGCACAAACACUGAGCAGUUUGUGUCACUUCAUGCCUUGCUCUCCGAGCCACCUAAUGUGACAGUCAAUAAUGUAUGUAAAUAGUUAAUGGGUAGGCUACAUUUUGAUUAUUUGUGUAUUUUCCAGGAGCUUGCUCGAUUGUCUUUUUAAAAGAGAUCAGGGAUAAUUUUUUCGAGUUUAGUCCAUAUUGGCUUAAAUUGGUUUCUGGUUUUUCACUUUCCUCUGGAAAAUCAGCUAUUAAUAUUAAAUAAAUACUAAUAACGACAUUAUUUUUGUUGCUAUUUGUCAUUAUAGUGUAUUUUUACUUGUAUUGCUGUGUUAUGCUGUAUAUUAAUGUUGUACAAUAAUGUUGCGUAAUCACCUCCCAGUGUAAAAACCAUGGAAAUUCAAAACAAAAAAAUAUGUUUUAAGUGAGAAGUAGGCAUUGGUCUACUCCACCUAGGCUCUACCAAGGUUUUCCUCUGUAGCUCAAUUGGUAGAGCAUGGCGCUUGUAACGCCAGGGUAGUGAGUUCGAUCCCCGGGACCACCCAUACGUAAAAACGUAUGCACACAUGACUGUAAGUCGCUUUGGAUAAAAGCGUCUGCUAAAUAAAAAUGGCAUGUUAUUGUUAUCUUCCAGCACACAGCUUUGACCUACAACAGCUAUGUUGGUCUAUUGUACUUCAAACAUUGUGUAUGCAGGUUGCUUCAGAUUCAAACCUUCUCAAACAGCCUAAUUCAUACUCUUCAGUGGCAUAAUGGACUUUACAGUGUCCUGCUAUUAAAAUAAUGUGUAUAUAUAUCAUUAGGCUGUAUGUAUUUUUUGAUAUAGGCCUAUUGUAAAUAUGUAUUGUAGCAUCACCAUCUUUAUUGCAAAAAUAAAUAAAUACAAAUACACACAACUUUGAGCUACAUAUUCAUUUGACUGAGGUAAUAAACUGCCCAUUGAUCAGCACAGCAAUUGAGAAAACCACCAUGUUUGCAAAACAAGUGUUUCUGAGUUUAUGUCAAUAUUACACAGGUAAGAUAACGGUUACAGAAAUCAGGAAUGCAGACAGGCUCUAUAGACCUCUAUAUAUGUGUGACUGUGUCCAACACACCACCACCUGGUGUUAUGUUGGGCACCUACUGACAUGUAUUGCUAGAUAAAAAAGGUUUUAAGGAAAUACAGACAGGCACCACAUUACUACAAGACAAAACAGCUCGCUCAAUCUCGCAUGAUGGUCUUGUAAGUAUAAAAGCAAAGCUUGUUUUCAUAUAAUAAUACAAAAAGCUUGAAAAGGUAGUGGAAUGGGAUUGGUGUGGUGUUUGAAGAAUCCAAUACGUUAACUUGUAUGCGGAACAAAUCACAUUAUUGUGGGAGCACCUCGUAGAGUAUGAAUUAGGCUGUUUGAGAAGGUUUGAAUUCUAAGCAACCUGCAUACACAUUGUUUGAAGUAGAAUAUACCAACAUAGCUACUGUAGUAUGUCAAAAAUGUCUGCUGGAAAACCUUGGUAGAGCAUGGGUGGAGUAAGCAUUGUGGUGCUCAUGUGAAUUUCAUUUCUUUUUCGGCUUCAGACCAAUGCCUACUUCUCACUUAAAACAUAGUUUUUUGUUUUUAUAAUAAGUAUAAGAGCCUCUCCUCUCCUCAGUCUCCGGAGGCAACACCUACUCAUGACAAAGACGGAACGUUAAGGUCACUCUGUAACUGGUCAUUUAUCCUUCCAGAAUUCUGCCCGACAGCCAAUCACCAUCCAUCACCGUGAGACGGCAUAAUUAAACCCUAAUUAGGGAGAAGAAACAGGAUGUGUCCCAAAUGGCAACCUAUUGCCUUUAUAGUGCACUACUUUUGUUCAGAGCCCUAGUCAAAAGUAGUGCACUAUAAAAGGAAUAGGAUGCCAUUUGAGAUGCAUACACACUCAUCUCCAGCUGAUCCUCAGGCCUAUUGAUUCACAUCAUAAGGGGGCCCAGGGUAACCAGGGAAUGGGUGUUGUGCUUGUUAAUGAUGCCUUGAAGUCAGCAGAUGACAUUGACAUUUCAUUAUGAGUUAGAUUAUGAUUCUGAAGGACCUGUUAUUGUGUUUGUUGAGGUGAUAGUUUAGGAUAGUCUUUGGUGUAAGGGUAUCCGGCAAAGUCCUGAUAAUUUGCAGUGACUCGCAAAAUUAAAUUGGUGUAAUUGUUUGUUGCACUUGCCAGCAUACAAAGAACUGAUGAGUAAACCUCCUGUCUUCCUCUCUGUCUCUCUGUUACCUCAGGGACGAUGCAUUCUCAGACAGUCUGAGUGGGAAGGCUGAGAGUGAAGCCAGUAGUGGACCCCACCAGGAGGACAGAGACAGGACCUCAUCAAGGAACCAUGACCAUGACCGCAGCUCCCCCUGCGAACACACACAGCAUACCCCUGAACACCGCUAUGGAGCUGCUUUGGGAAGGUAGCUUGGUUGAUUCAUGCUCACAGUUCACAGAAGAAAUGCAGGUUAAUGCAGGUUUUCUAGACACAUGCAGGAUGAGAUGUUUUCCCUCCAUGAGGAGUCAACAUAAUAAUGGUUCAUUUAGUGUAGUUGUAUUGAAUGAGCUAUAUUUUAUAUCUGCACCAUGCUUACACCCUGUCCAGUCCUGUCGUUGCUAAGAUGCUGUCCUGACAGUCUGUCUGCUCUGUGUUGUGGCUCAACAGGGUGAGGGUUCGUUCAGAUGGUGCUGCUAUCCCUCACCGCAGGAGCACAGCCGACACCCACAGCCCCACCAGAGGUAUGGACAUGCCCCCUAGGGUCAUACCUCGCCCCUGCAGCCCUCACAAGAUGGCCGUCAGCAGGGGCCACAUGGACAGUCCAGAGAAACGCCAUCUCGGCACGUUCGGCAGCGCAGGAAGUAUCAACCACCCAGACAGGAAGUGCUUCCCCGAUGGCCCCGUCCUCAGAGCAUCCCCCGGCUCCACCCGCCAUGGUAGCCUUGGUGACCACAAAUCACUGGAGGCCGAGGCCCUGGCAGAGGUGAGAGUCUAUGAAGUAAAGCAAUAAAGAACUCAUAACAGCCAAAAGGUGAGGCGCUGACUAACGGACGAUAAACUAACCUAUUGAAAAAAUAAAGUUGCUCCUUGCUUGUGGAGUUAUUUAACCAAAGUUUUGGCUAAAGAGCCUUUAUCGGGGUAUGCAGAAGUGAGACUCAAAUCACUGCAAUAAAGACUUGACAAUUAUGAAAUACAACUAUAGCUGGCUAAAAGCAAUUGAUUCAGUGGGUGAAGUCAGACAAGACCAAACGGCCCUUAUUAUUCAUAAUACAUAGGGGCUGUUCUUGACCUAUUUCCUGCCAGUGCAGCCAGGUUUAGAGUUGUUCAGUGGAAAACUAAUGAGGAUAUUCUCAUGCGUGCGUGUGUGCGUGCGUGUGUGUCUGUGUCUGUGUGUGUGAGAGAGAGAAAAAAAAUGUGUCCAGUACAUUCAAUUGAUCCCAGGCAGGACACAGAGGAACAAAGGCAUCAGUAGGAAGGACAUCUGAGAGAGAGGCCCAUUCUAUGACCCCAGUUUCUAAUUUCCUAAUUACUGUUCACAGUCUGUUAGCUGCUGCUAGCUCCACAUUUAAAUAAAAUAAAAUAAAAUUUUAUUGGCCACAUGCGCGGAAUACAACAGGUGCAGAUAUUACUGUGAAAUGCAUACUUACAGCCCUUAACCAACAGUGCAUUUAUUUUUAAUAAAAAAGUAGAAUAAAACAACAAAAAAGUGUUGAGAGUAAAAUAAAGUAAGUAAAAUAAAAGUAAAAUAAGUAAAGUAAAAUAAAAUAACAGUAGGGAGGCUAUAUAUACAGGGGGGUACCGGUGCAGAGUCAAUGUGCGGGGGCACUGGCUAGUUGAGGUAGUUUAAGUAAUAUGUACAUGUGGGUAGAGUUAAAGUGACUAUGCAUAAAUAAUUAACAGAGUAGCAGCAGCGUACAAAUAUGGGGUGGGGGGGGGGCAGUGCAAAUAGUCCGAGUAUCCAUGAUUAGCUGUUCAGGAGUCUUAUGGCUUGGGGUAGAAGCUGUUGAGAAGUCUUUUGGACCUAGACUUGGCACUCUGUAGCUCAAUUGGUAGAGCAUGGCGCUUGUAACGCCAGGGUAGUGGGUUCGAUCCCCGGGACCACCCAUACGUAAAAAUUCAUGCACACAUGACUGUAAGUCGCUUUGGAUAAAAGCGUCUGCUAAAUGGCAUAUUAUUAUUAUAUUAUUACUCCGGUACCGCUUGCCGUGCGGUAGCAAAGAGAACAGUCUAUGACUAGGGUGGCUGGAGUCUUUGACAAUUUUGAGGGCCUUCCUCUGACACCGCCUGGUAUAGAGGUCCUGGAUGGCAGGAAGCUUGGCCCCAGUGAUGUACUGGGCUGUACGCACUACCCUCUGUAGUGCCUUGCGGUCUGAGGCCAAGCAGUUGCCAUACCAGGCGGUGAUGCAACCAGUCAGGAUGCUCUCGAUGGUGCAGCUGUAGAAUUUUUUGAGGAUCUGAGGACCCAUGCCAAAUGUUUUCAGUCUCCUGAGGGGGAAUAGGCUUUGUCGUGCCCUCUUCACGACUGUCUUGGUGUGUUUGGACCAUGAUAGUUCGUUGGUGAUGUGGACACCAAGGAACUUGAAGCUCACAACCUGUUCCACUACAGCCCCGUCGAUGAGAAUGGGGGCCUGCUCAGUCCUCUUUUUUUUCCUGUAGUCCACAAUCACCUCCUUUGUCUUGGUCACGUUGAGGGAGAGGUUGUUAUCCUGGCACCACACGGCCAGGUCUCUGACCUCCUCCCUAUAGGCUGUCUCAUCGUUGUCGGUGAUCAGGCCUACCACUGUUGUGUCGUCAGCAAACUUAAUGAUGGUGUUGGAGUCGUGCCUGGCCAUGCAGUCAUGGGUGAACAGGGAGUACAGGAGGGGACUGAGCACGCACCCCUGAGGGGCCCCUGUGUUGAGGAUCAGUGUGGCAGAUGUGUUGUUACCUACCCUUACCACCUGGGGGUGGCCCGUCAGGAAGUCCAGGAUCCAGUUGCAGAGGGAGGUGUUUAGUCCCAGGAUCCUUAGCUUAGUGAUGAGCUUUGAGGGCACUAUGGUGUUGAAUGCUGAUCUGUAGUCAAUUAAUAGCAUUCUCACGUAGGUGUUCCUCUUGUCCAGGUGGGAAAGGGCAGUGUGGAGUGCAGUAGAGACUGCAUCAUCUGUGGAUCUGUUGGGGCGGUAUGCAAAUUGGAGUGGGUCUAGGGUCUCUGGGAUAAUGGUGUUGAUGUGAGCCAUGACCAGCCUUUCAAAGCACUUCAUGGCUACAGACGUCAGUGCUACGGGUCGGUAAUCAUUUAGGCAGGUUAUCUUAGAGUCCUUGGGCACGGGGACUAUGGUGGUCUGCUUGAAACAUGUUGGUAUUACAGACUCAGUCAGGGACAUGUUGAAAAUGUCAGUGAAGACACUUGCCAGUUGGUCAGCACAUGCUCGGAGUACACGUCCUGGUAAUCCGUCUGGCCCUGCGGCCUUGUGAAUGUUGACCUGCUUAAAAGUCUUACUCACAUCGGCUACGGAGAGCGUGAUCACAUAGUCAUCCGGAACAGCUGGUGCUCUCAUGCAUGCUUUAGUGUUGCUUGCCUCGAAGCGAGCAUAGAAGUGGUUUAGCUCGUCUGGAAGUCUUGUGUCACUGGGCAGCUCGCGGCUGUGCUUCCCUUUGUAGUCUGUAAUAGUUUUCAAGCCCUGCCACAUCCGACGAGCAUCAGAGCCGGUGUAGUACGAUUCAAUCUUAGUCCUGUAUUGACUCUUUGCCUGUUUGAUGGUUCGUCGGAGGGCAUAGCGGGAUUUCUUAUAAGCGUCCGGGUUAGAGUCCCGCUCCUUGAAAGCGGCAGCUCUACCCUUUAGCUCAGUGCGGAUGUUUCCUUUAAUCCAUGGCUUCUGGUUGGGGUAUGUACGUACAGUCACUGUGGGGACGACAUCAUUGAUGCACUUAUUGAUGAAGCCAGUGACUGAUGUGGUGUACUCCUCAAUGCUAUCUGAAGAAUCCCGGAACAUGUUCCAGUCUGUGCUAGCAAAACAUUCCUGUAGCUUAGCAUCUGCGUCAUCUGACCACUUUUUUAUUAACCGAGUCACUGGUGCUUCCUGCUUUAGUUUUUGCUUAUAAGCAGGAAUCAGGAGGAUAGAGUUAUGGUCAGAUUUGCCAAAUGGAGGGCGAGGGAGAGCUUUGUGUGGAGUAAAGGUGGUCUAGAGUUUUUUUUUUUUUUUCUCUGGUUGCACAUUUAACAUGCUGUCUCCCGAGUGGCGCAGUGGUCUAAGGCACUGCAUCGCAGUGCUAGCUGUGCCACUAGAGAUCCUGGUUCGAAUCCAGGCUCUGUCGUAGCCGGCCGCGACCAGGAGACCCAUGGGGCGGCGCACAAUUGGCCCAGCGUCGUCCAGGGUAGGGGAGGGAAUGGCCGGCAGGGAUGUAGCUCAGUUGGUAGAGCAUGGCGUUUGCAACGCCAGGGUUGUGGGUUUGAUUCCAGUAUGAAAAAAAAAAAAAAAAAACUCACUAACUGUAAGUCGCUCUGGAUAAGAGCGUCUGCUAAAUGACUAAAAUGUAAAUGUAAAUCUAAAUUGGGUAGAACGGAUUUAAGUUUCCCUGCAUUAAAGUCCCCGGCCACUAGGAGUGCUGCCUCUGGAUGAGCGUUUUCCUGUUGACUUAUGGCCUUAUACAGCUCAUUCAGUGCAAUCUUAAUGCCAGCAUUGGUUUGUGGUGGUAAAUAGACAGCUAUGAAAAAUAUAGAUGAAAACUCUCUUGGUAAAGUAGUGUGGUCUACAGCUUCUCAUAAGAUACUCUACCUCAGGCGAGCAAAACCUCAAGACUUCCUUAGAUUUUGUGCACCAGCUGUUGUUUACAAAUAUACACAGACCGCCACCCCUUGUCUUACCGGAGUCAGCCGUUCUAUCCUGCCGAUGUAGCGUAUAGCCCGCUAGCUGUAUGUUGUCCAUGUCGUCGUUCAGCCACGACUCGGUGAAACAUAAGAUAUUACAGUUUUUUAUGUCCCGUUGGUAGGAUAACCGUAAUCUUAGGUCAUCCAAUUUAUUCUCAAAUGAUUGAAGAUUGGCUAAUAGGAUUGAUGGGAGCGGCAGUUUACUCGCUCGCCGUCGGAUCCUUACAAGGCACCCCGACCUACGUCUCUUCCUCAUGCGAAUGACGGGGAUUUGUGCCUUGUCGGGUGUCUGUAGGAUAUCCUUCGCGGCCGCCUCGUUGAAGAAAAAAUCUUUGUCCAAUACGAGGUGAGUAAUCGCUGUCCUGAUAUCCAGAAGCUCUUUUUGGUUAUAAGAGACGAUGGCAGAAACAUUAUGUACAAAAUAAAUUACAAAUAACGCGGAAAAACACACAUAAUAGUACAAUUGGUUAGAGGGCUGUAAAACGGCAGCCAUCUUCUCCGGCGCCAUUAUGAUGUAUUGCUCCCUUUGUGUGCUUCAUUAGAGAGAGAAUAUUGGAACUGUUUGUGAAGUGUUCAUUUGUCCAUUUGUCUCUGCUUUCAACAAGAAAACUGUUUGGUGUUUAUUCUGAAGAGUUGGUACGUCAAUGUUUUGUUUGAGAAUGAACAAUACAUCAGAGCAGAUGUCUGAAUGGGCCAUUCUUUUUUAUUUUGAUAGAAUGGUGUCUAAUACUCUGUGUGCGUGUGUAAGAGAGUAUUGUCAUCAUCGACUACGAUGGACAGCCAAGAUGUUGCAGGACAUAAGACACAGGAUUCAUGUCAGUAUUUAGUGAAACUGUGUAUGUGUUACAGGACAUAGAGAAGACCAUGAACACCGCCCUGCACGAGCUGCGUGAGCUGGAGCGUCAGAACGUGGCCAAGCACGCUCCCGAUGUGGUCCUGGACACCUUGGAGCCCCUGAAGCAGCAGCACCCCUCCUCCGGUGGGUCCGGACCCCCCUCUGAGGCCUGCGGCAGCCCCCUCCACACUAACACCAUGGCCAUCCGGGACCCUGACGCUGCCCUACGCCGUAGCAGCUGUUCCUCGUCCGCCGAGACAAUGAGCACCUUCAAACCGACUGCACGGAGGCCCAUCGCCCCCCUGAGGCCGCCGCCGGUCAGACCCCUCCGGCCUGCCCCCAUUCACCCGGGACAUGGGCAGCACCGGUCCAGUAGUUCCAGCUCCUCAGGCAUGGGUAGUCCAGCCUCUAUCACCCCCACAGACAGGGUGUUCCCCAAGGCACCAUCCCCGUCCCCCUCCACUUCCUCCUCGUCCUCAGACAAA